AUGUCCGCCACCGAAACCACCGAGAACACCACUUCCAACUUCACCUCCAACCUUCCCGACGUGUCUAAGAUCACUGACGCCGCCAAGGAGGCUCAGGGCGAGGUCCAGGAGAUUGCCAAGGACGCCGCCGCCGACGCCAAGGACGCCGUGACCCAGGCCGAGAACAAGAUCAACGAGAUUACCGGCUCUGUUUCCAAGGAGGCCACUGAGGCCACCGAUGCCGCCAAGGAGGAGGCUAAGGACGUUGAGGCCAAGGCCACCGACGCUGCUGAGGAGGCUCAGACCGAGGCCAAGGACGCUGAGGCUAAGGCUGCCGACAAGGCUGACGAGGUUGCCGAGGACGUCAAGGCCAAGAAGCCCAACGCCCUCAAGCGACUGUCCAUGUCCUUCAAGAAGUUCGUCAAGAACGUCACCGCCUAA